AUGCUGAGACCUGCACUGGAACCACCUGUCCGCCCUGGCUCCGUGGAGAUCGAAGCAGAUCCACAGACCAGCAUGGCUGCCACUGCCGCUGUCAGUCCCAGUGACUACCUGCAGCCUGCCGCCUCUACCACCCAGGACUCCCAGCCAUCUCCCUUAGCACUGCUUGCCGCGACAUGUAGCAAAAUCGGCCCUCCAGCUGUUGAAGCUGCAGUGACGCCUCCUGCUCCCCCCCAGCCCACUCCACGGAAACUCGUCCCUAUCAAACCCGCCCCUCUCCCUCUCAGCCCCGGCAAGAAUAGUUUUGGAAUCUUGUCCUCCAAAGGAAACAUACUUCAGAUUCAGGGGUCACAGCUGAGCACGUCCUACCCUGGGGGGCAGCUGGUGUUCGCUAUCCAGAACCCCACCGUGGUCAACAAAGGGACCCGAUCAAACACCAGUAUCCAGUACCAGGCGGUCCCUCAGAUCCAGGCCAGCAGUCCUCAGACCAUCCAGGUGCAGCCCAGUCUCACCAACCAGAUCCAGAUCAUCCCUGGCACCAACCAAGCCAUCAUCACCCCGUCCCCGUCCAGUCACAAGCCUGUCCCCAUCAAGCCAGCCCCUGUCCAGAAGUCGAGUACGGCCACCACUCCGGCACAGAGCGGGGCCAACGUGGUGAAGCUGACAGGUGGCGGCGGCAAUGUGACCCUUACUCUGCCUGUCAACAACCUCGUGAACACCAGCGACCCCGCGGCCACCACUCAGCUCCUCACGGAGAGCCCUCCUGCCCCGCUGUCUAAGACUAACAAGAAAGCCAGGAAGAAGAGUCUUCCUGCUGCCCAGCCCCCUGUGGCCGUGGCCGAGCAGGUGGAGACGGUGCUGAUCGAGACCACCGCGGACAACAUUAUCCAAGCUGGAAACAACCUGCUCAUUGUUCAGAGCCCCGGCGGGGGCCAGCCAGCCGUGGUCCAGCAGGUCCAGGUGGUACCCCCCAAGGCCGAGCAGCAGCAGGUGGUGCAGAUUCCACAGCAGGCCCUGCGGGUGGUGCAGGCAGCGUCCGCCACACUCCCCACCGUCCCCCAGAAGCCCUCCCAGAACUUCCAGAUCCAGGCUGCUGAGCCGUCACCUACUCAGGUCUAUAUCCGUACGCCUUCUGGUGAGGUACAGACGGUCCUUGUCCAGGACAGCCCUCCGGCAACAGCUGCGACUGCCUCCACCACCACGUGUAGUAGCCCCGCGUCCCGUGCUGCCCAUCUGAGUGGGACCAGCAAAAAGCACUCGGCUGCAAUUCUCCGGAAAGAGCGACCCCUGCCAAAGAUUGCUCCUGCUGGGAGCAUCAUCAGCCUGAACGCAGCACAGCUGGCAGCGGCGGCCCAGGCCAUGCAGACCAUCAACAUCAACGGUGUCCAGGUCCAGGGCGUGCCCGUCACAAUCACCAACACUGGCGGACAACAGCAGCUGACUGUGCAGAAUGUUUCUGGGAACAACCUGACCAUCAGUGGGCUGAGCCCCACGCAGAUCCAGCUGCAGAUGGAACAGGCCCUGGCUGGAGAGGCUCAGCCUGGGGAGAAGCGGCGCCGCAUGGCCUGCACGUGUCCCAACUGCAAGGACGGGGACAAGAGAUCUGGAGAGCAGGGCAAGAAGAAGCACGUGUGCCACAUCCCUGACUGCGGCAAGACUUUCCGUAAGACAUCCCUGCUGCGGGCUCACGUGCGCCUGCACACCGGCGAGCGGCCCUUUGUCUGCAACUGGUUCUUCUGUGGCAAGAGGUUCACACGGAGUGACGAGCUCCAGCGGCAUGCCCGCACCCACACAGGGGACAAACGCUUUGAGUGUGCCCAGUGUCAGAAGCGCUUCAUGAGGAGUGACCACCUCACCAAGCAUUAUAAGACCCAUCUGGUCACGAAGAACUUGUAA